AUGGUUUCAAGAAAUUAUAGGCCAAGUAUGGAAAAGUCUAGUAUUGAUUUGAAUCGUGAAACAUCAUCAACAUCUAUCUCUGAAACCCAACCUGAACAUGGUGUUGAAGGGUUGGAAAAUGUAGUUCUACACAAUGAAGAUGAAUCAAGACAUAAAUGUAAAGUCAAAUGGAGCAAGGAAGCCACUAUACUUUUGAUAAGUGGAUGGCUUAAUACAUCUAAGGAUGUCAUUGUGUUUAAUGACCAAACUUCUACACAUUUCUGGGCUCGGAUGGCAGAAUACUACAACACCAACCAAAAAGGUGAGCAAGCAAGAACUGGAAGGCAAUGCAAAGAUUAUUGGAACAAGAUGAAUCAAAAGGUGGCGCGUUUCAAUGGGUGUUAUAAACGAGUACAACAAGCACAUCACAGUGGUUGGUCUGAUGAGCAAAUUCUUGAGAAUGCACAUCAAUUGUACAAAUCUAAAAAUAACAACUCAAAUUUUCUGCUUAUGGACUGUUGGAGAUUGCUAAAGGAUGAGCCGAAAUGGAAUACAAUGUACCAACCAAAAGGUGGUAAGAGAACAAAGGUGUCAGAAUCAGGGGCAUUUACUUCUUCUUCCAAUGCAGACAUCAGUGAUGAUAAGUACGUGAAGUGGGCCCUACUGGCCAAAAGGCAGCAAAGAGAAAAAGGAAGGAAAAAAAAAGAUACACAUGCUAAAUUUAUUGAGAUUAGUGAACGGAAAGCAUCUGCAUUUGAUAAAUUGGUGGCGAUAAAGGAGAAAGAGACAGAAGAUAAUAGGAUGACAAAAUACAUAGAUUAUCUCAUUAUGGACACGUCGCAUAUGACUCCUGAACAAAAGAAAGAUCAUGAAAAAUUGUACUUUCUUUGUGUAACAUAUGCUUAUAUCCUUGUUGAUUUUGAUAAAGAAGAAGAAGAAGAAGAAGAAGAAGAAUCCACUUAUUUGUUGAGUGGUAUUCAAAUGAUUUUUCUACAAUAA